AUGAACUUCCCAGGCUCUUCAGGCCUCCCGGGCCAAGGACCGGCGCCGGACCCGAACGAGGAGCAGAUGAAGAAGUUGAAAUCUCUUGGUGAAUCAUGUGCAGCAAAAACGGUCAUGUCUGGUGUCGCCGGUCUAGGUCUCGGUGCCGUCUUUGGACUUUUUAUGGCUUCGGUACGCAGUCUCACCAUCCAACCCUCCCUGAAUCUCGGUUCGACCUACCUGGCAGGGAAGAACGAACGACUUGACUUUUGGAAACUAACCACUCCGGGUGAUUACGCAACAAAACAGAUGGCCUAUGACACGCCCUUCCACCACCCGACGCCUGAUGCCGCCAAGGCCCCGGCCCCAAAACCCCCCUAUGCCGCCGGCACGGGCAUCGUGCUGCCGCGUGGCAACUAUGGCCCGCCUACGGCCACGACGACGCCUCCACCCAUGUCAUCGCUACCGAUGCGCACACAGAUCGCGGCCGGAUUCCGCGACAUGGGCGCGCGGUCCGUCAGCACGGGAAAGAACUUUGGCAAGGUCGGCGCCAUGUUCUCGGGCAUCGAGUGCGGUAUCGAGGGCCUGCGCGCCAAGAACGAUGCCGGCAACGGCGUCGCCGCCGGUUGCGUCACGGGCGCCAUCCUUGCCAGGAACGGCGGGCCGCAGGCUGCCGCCAUCGGUUGCGCCGGUUUCGCGGCUUUUAGUGCAGCUAUCGAGAUGUGGUUGAGGAGUCCCAAGGACGAGUGA